AUGUAUCUCUGUCACGGAUCCAGCUUUCUAGCUCUACUCGGCCUUCUGGCAUCGCCAGUGGUAGCGCAAGAUAAUGCUCCUAGCCCGGAGUGUGCAAAGGCAUGUGAGAUUCUCGCCCAAAGUUUUGGAUCACGGCUCCACUACCCAGCCAACGACAAUGCUACUUUCUGGGAUUCCAAACAGGCCGAGGUCGUCCCCGCCUGCCGUGUUGAGCCAACUGGUACCGAAGAAGUUGCAUCCGUCUUGAAGACUCUGGUGCAAACUUCCUGUAAAUUUGCCAUCAGGUCGGGCGGUCACACUCGAGAGCGCAAUGACGCCAACUCUGAUGGUGGUGUAACAAUUGAUCUGCGUCAGAUUCGCGACGUUGAACCCUCGGCUGACCGCUCACGUAUUCGUCUUGGUACCGGCCACGUUCUGGUUUCCUCCUACAGAGCUGCUGAGAGUGAGGGUUUGAUGUUUCUCGGCGGAAGAGUCGACUCUGUUGGUGUCGCUGGGUUUACCCUGGGCGGCGGUCUUUCCAACUUCUCACCCAGAUACGGCUUGGCCAUGGACAAUGUCUUUGAGUACGAGAUGGUUCUCGCCAACUCUUCUAUUGUCACGGUCAGCGAAACAGAGAACCCCGAUCUUUAUUGGGCGCUUCGAGGCGGAGGAGGCAACAACUUCGGCAUCGUUACGUACUUCACUGUUCGUGCAUUUGAGCAGGGUUUGUCUUGGGGAGGAGCGAAGACGUACUCUGAUGACCAGACUGAGGCCCUUCUCGAUGAGCUUCAUCACCUGACCACCGAAGGCUCCUCCGCUGACCUUGACAUGGCAUUUUGGUCUACCUACACGUACUCUGCAGAAACUGGCGAAUUUGGCUGGAUUGUCAACCAAGGCCACAGCCUCCCUGCUGAGAACCCUGCUGUGUUUGAGCGUCUGAACGCCGUGCCACACGAGUCUUCUUCCCUGCGUCUCGACUCCUUCAGCAAUUUCUCUAUCGAGGCUGCUGGUGCCACUCCUUGGCCUAGAAGGAACAUUUUCGCGUCUAUUUCCCAUUACCCGUCUGCGGAGCUGGAACGUCGCAUCCUUGAGGUUUUCAGGGCGGCUGCUCGCGGCGUUGAAGGUGUCGAAGGGUUUUCAGCCACCACAGUGAACCAGCCUUUCUUUCAAGGCUCUGUUGCAGCGAUGAAAGCGCGUGGAGGUAACCCUGUUGCUGUUGAAGCCGACCGCCCGUUUACUGUAAGCCUCCUAAUUCUUACGUGGCUUAAUGCUGAGGACGACGACGCUGUCUACGCUGCCGCGGAGGGGUGGAUUGAAAAAGCCACAGCUGCUGCUGAAGAUGCAGGGCUGUACCAUCCUUAUCUUUACAUCAACUACGCCAUGAGAACGCAGGAUCCUCUUGGACGCUUCCCAACCGAGAAUCUUGAGAGGCUGAGAAGGAUCCAGUCUAGUGUUGAUCCAGCAGGUAUCUUUACUUCUAACGGUCUCUGCACAGGUUACUUCAAGGUUCAGUAA